AUGGGAGAUAUGAGUUACAGGGAGAUUUCUAACUGGCUUGCAGAAUCUGAAGAAGCCCAAGGUGAGUUAAGGGUCAAGUACAAAACUUCAUUGGCUAAAAGGAGAGAGUUGGCUGAGCAGUUGUAUGAACUUAGUAAAAAUAGUUCAUCUGAAGAAGCUAACAUUGAUGCAUUAGCUAAUGAGGUGGAAAAGAUGAAUGAUGAGAAGUCAAAUCUAAGAAGAGAGCUAGAAGCCCUAACCAUCCAGAUGAGUUACGAGUUGGAAGCCAGGAGGGCUUCUGAAGACAAAAUCAGAGAGAAGGAUCAUGAGAUCUUUAAACUGAACCAGGAGAUUGAUUUAGUCACAAAGGCAGAAAGGAGAAACAAAAGUAAAUCCCAGUCUGUUCAAGAUGAGACUAAGGAAAUCUUGAAGAAGUUUUUAGGAUUGGUACCUGAAGAAGAGGAACCAGAGAGAACUAAGGGAGAAGAACUCCCUGAAAAAUUGAAUAUUGAUGAUAUCAUACCAGAUGAAAUUUGGUUUGAUGACACAACAGUUGAUACACACACUAAGCAAGAAACAAUCAUUAUCACUGAUGAAGAGACAGUGUUACCGAAAGACAUCUCCAUCAAUAAGGAUAAAGAUACAGGAGAAGAAGAGAAAGACAAUGAUGUAGAAGAGAUUGAGACUGAAGAAAAUGUACAAAUAGAUGAUGUACAGAAGGAAGAGAUGCAAAAAAAUAUUGAUGUUGAGCAAUCUACAGGGCAACCGGUGAAUACAAAAGAAAUGCAGAAGGAAAGUGGACAAAUUAAUGUUGAGCAACUGGUGAAUACAAAUGCUGAGGAGACGAAAGAGCCAUCGGUAAAGACAUAUGAGAAGUAG